ACCGCGUGGCCGAGUAAUCAAAGCGAUCGAAACUUUCACGCGAAUGCGUUUGUUGGCUCUGAGAAUUCCGAGAAGAUUGUUGCAGGAGUCGAUAAACCCCUUCGUAACAACGAAGCGCGAGUUCCAAUCGAUUCGAUUGUUGUUGGCCAAGAGUUUACCAGAUAACUGGGGUUCCAAAAAACACCACAGAACUGUCAAAUUAAACUUCCCCCUCGACAUGUCGGACCCUAAAAUCGAAGAGGCGCUUGCACCCCUCCGGGCAAGUGUGAAGGAACAGGGAGAUCUGGUCCGGGAGCUGAAGUCCACCGGCGCCCCUGAACUAGACGUAAAAAAAGCAGUGGCUGAGCUAAAGCUCCGGAAGAAACUCCUGGAAGACAAGGAGCUGUCGUUCAUUUCCUCCUCGCAGACCUUCGACAGAACCCGAAUGGAGGAUUUACUAAAACGUCGUUUCUUCUUCGAUCAGUCGUUCGCGAUUUACGGUGGGAUAACAGGACAAUACGAUUUCGGUCCAAUGGGAUGUGCCUUCAAGACAAACCUCUUAAACGCCUGGAGAAGUUUUUUCGUCCUGGAGGAACAGAUGUUAGAAGUGGACUGUUCAAUCCUGACCCCAGAGCCAGUCCUAAAAGCCUCAGGGCACGUCGACCGAUUCGCCGACCUGAUGGUAAAGGACCUAAAAAGUGGCGAGUGCUUCCGCCUGGAUCACCUGAUCAAAGGCCACCUUGAGAAAAUAGCAGCUGACAAGAAGACAGAUGCCAAGACCAAAGAAGACUGCAAAGAAAUCGUCAUAAAACUCGACGGCAUGUCCAAAUCCGAAAUGUCAGAUGUUCUCAAACGCUUCAACAUGAAGUCCCCGAGCACUGGAAACGACUUGUCAGAGCCCAUGGAGUUCAAUCUUAUGUUUGGAACGCAGAUUGGUCCAACAGGUCUGAUCAAAGGUUUUCUCCGGCCAGAGACAGCCCAGGGGAUCUUCGUAAACUUCAAACGCCUCCUGGAAUUCAACCAGGACAAGUUGCCCUUCGCAGCCGCGCAGAUUGGUAACGCGUUCAGAAACGAGAUCUCCCCCCGAUCAGGUCUGAUAAGAGUCAGGGAGUUCACGAUGGCUGAGAUCGAGCACUUCUGCGAUCCCUCCGACAAGUCACACCCAAAAUUCGAUGGGGUCAGGAAUACGAAACUCAUGCUGUAUUCAGCUUGCAAUCAGAUGGACGGAAAGAGCGCUGAGUUGAAGACAAUUGGAGAGGCUGUAUCAACUGGUCUAGUGGCCAACGAGACACUCGGAUACUUCAUGGCAAGAAUCCAGACGUUCCUGACGAACAUCGGAGUCGAUCCUCAGAGACUGAGAUUCAGGCAGCACAUGAGCAACGAAAUGGCGCAUUAUGCUUGCGACUGUUGGGACGCUGAAUGCCUGACAUCCUAUGGGUGGAUUGAGUGUGUUGGGUGUGCUGAUAGGUCUGCUUAUGAUUUAACUCAGCACACCAAAGCCACUGGGGUGAGACUGGCCGCCGAGAAGAAGCUGCCAGUCCCAAAAGUGAUGGAUGUCGUGGAAGCUGCACCCAACAGGGGAAUCAUUGGGAAAACUUUCAGGAAGGAAGCUAAGGCUGUCCUGGAGGCUCUCGAGGCACUUCCCGCGGAUGAGGUUGAUCGAAUGGAGAAGGAGUUAGAGGAAACUGGUGGGACUUAUGCCCUGAGGUUAGCUGAUGGCGCCGAGGUAGAGAUUAAGAAGGAAAUGGUGGUAAUCAAGAGGUACCAGAAGACUUUGCAUGUUGAGGAGAUAAUUCCCUCGGUUGUUGAACCUUCUUUUGGCAUUGGGAGGGUCAUGUAUGCUGUGCUCGAGCAUAAUUUCAGAAUACGAGAGGGCGACGAGAUGAGGAAUUAUCUGAGUUUACCUCCUGUGGUUGCACCACUCAAGUGUUCUGUUCUACCUCUCAGUGGAAAUCCCGAGUUUGUGCCGUUUGUUAAGGACCUAUCGAAAGGUUUAACUAGGGUUGAUGUGUCUCACAAGGUCGAUGACUCUUCUGGGAGCAUUGGGAGGAGGUAUGCUAGGACUGAUGAGAUUGCUAUUCCUUUUGGAAUCACUGUGGACUUUGAUACUUUGAAAAAACCCCAUUCUGUUACCCUGAGGGAGAGGGAUUCUAUGGGACAGGUGAGGGUGGCGAUUGAAGAAUUACCAGGGGUUGUCAGGGAUCUUGCUAAUGGGAAGCUCACGUGGGCAGAGGUCGAGGCGAAAUUCCCGAAAUUUCAGCAGCAAGAGAGUAAUGAGGCGUAGGGAAUUGGUCUAUUUUUUGGAAAUUCAGGCAGACACUGGAAAGUGUUUGAGAGAGAAAAAAGUCGUGGGAAAAAUUUUUAAAGAAAUUUUGAAGGAAGAAUUCGAUGUUCUGACGGAAAUAAAUUCAAGCCGAACGUAUGAAUAUUCUGUACGAUUAUGAAAUUAAAUUAUGCAAUUUCGCUGCUGCAUUUUUUGUAUGUCUACAUUUGUAUUUAUUCAAGUGAUGAUUUUACUAGCAUUAAGCUUUUGUAUUUAGUUACGAGUGAGCCUCCUAAUGUCGAUUGUUAUGAAUCGUGAUUGAAUAAAUCAGACUGUGGUCAAACUACGCGGUGCAGAAAUUUAUUAUGAAAUUGAUUCCUAGUUCAGCGAAAUGUCGCGGAAAAUUUGAUGAGUAUCGCGUGUUGAUUUUUCAGUUUUUUUCACUUAAAUAUACACACUAUAUAAUAAACAUUAUUCCUUAUUAAUAGUUUACCAGUUUUCAUGGUCAAUAUUCCGGAGUCC